AUGAGCAAUUCAUCUGAACUUCUAAUAAUAUUUUAUUUCUUUUCUUCCUAUCCGGAGGCAGCUAGAGCAAGAGUGCCUGAAACUUCAAAAAAUUGUUUCUACCUCCAUCUUUCUGUAUACAAGAUCGAAAAACUGCCACAGGAAGACAUCCCAUCAUUGGCUUCAACUUUUGCUGACAAAUCCAAAGGGUCAAUUAUGGACGGAGAAAAUCAUCUUUAA